AUGGCCUCGUCUACCACCACCGGCCGGUACCCCGACCAUGACUUGUCGCAGUUUCCCAGCCAGCUCCGCGGCAAGCGCAUUCUGCUGUGCACCGAGUCUUUUGGUCCUGUCAAUGGUGUUAGCCGGACGACGCUGAUGCUGGUGACGCACUUGCGCAACCACGGCGCGCAAGUGGCCGUUGUCGCGCCGCAUAACCAUACCAACCACAACACCUUUUCGCCGCCGCCGUCGCCGAGCCUCUCGCCGCUCGACAAGCAGCCCGAGGUGCGCCUGACGGGCUACCCGCUGCCCUUUAAUCCGGAGCUGUCCGUCGUCUACCCCGUCCGGAACUCGACCCUCUAUGCCCGCACAUUUGGCGCUGACGCCCUACCCGACAUCAUCUACCUCGCCUCGCCCGCCAGCCUCGGCUUCCAGGUCAUGCUGCAAUUGCGCCAGCAGCCCCGCGCCCAGCAGAUUCCCGUUCUCUGCAACUUUCAGACGGACCUGGCCGGUUACUGCGACAUCCUCUUCCCGGCCCCGCUGAGCCACGCCGCCGUCUUUGCGUUUGACGCCGUCCAGAGCUACCUUUUCCGCCACGCCUCCAUCAAGACCAUCUUUUACCCCUCGCGGUUCGUCAAGCGCUACCUGGUCAAGCAAAGCGUCCAGGCGGACAAGCUCGAGCUCCUGACCCGCGGCGUCAACGCUGAGCUCUUCAACCCGAUCCGCCGCAGUGAGCAGCUCCGCAAAGAGCUGGCGCCUAAUGGAGAGAUAAUCUUUGUCACCAUCUGCCGCAUCGCCGGCGAAAAGGGUUUCGACUUCCUAGCCAAGGCGGCCAAGGAGAUGGACGCACGUGGCCUGCCUUACAAGAUGGUCAUUGUUGGUGGCAACCGCAACCCCGACGUCGAGAAGGAGGUCCAGGAGAUGUUUGACCCCCUCGUCGACGAGGGCAAGGUGCUCUUCACCGGCUUCAAGGUGGGCGAGGAGCUCGCCGCCUACUACGCCAGCGCCGAUGUCUUUUUGCACUGCUCCGUCACCGAGACGUUUGGUCUCGUGGUGCUCGAGUCCAUGGCCAGCGGCGUUCCCGUCGUCGCCCGCGACGAAGGCGGCCCCUCGGAUAUCAUCGCGCACGGCGACACGGGUUUCCUCGUUCCGCCCAACGAUGUAGAGGGCUUCAUCGCCAAGGCCACCAAGCUGGCGUCGGACAAGAUGGUCCGCGCCCGCAUGGGUGAGGCCGCCCGCGCCGCCGCUUGCGAGUGCACAUGGGACAAGAUCAACAACAAGGUCGCCUGGCGCAUGGUCGACACGAUUGCUGAGCGUGCAGAGGAAAUGUCGCGGGCCAGUCCCGAGACGUCGUCGCGCACGCUGUCGCAGGAUGCUCAGCAGCUGGUGCCCCUCUAUGGCUGGCUCAUGAUGAACAAUGCCAUGCGCGAGGCCAUUGUCGGCCGCAUUGUCGACGCUCGUCUUGUUGGCGGACUGGGAAUCAUUGUUUCAUUCUGGGUUAUUACUGGGGCUUACAUGAUGUUUAUCGAGUCCAUCAUGUGGGCCAAGAACCGCCUCAGAGGCGAGCGUCGCUUGAGCGUCUCUGCAUGA